AUGGCAAACCUCCAACAACAACAGCAGGCGUGCGCUCGCAAGCAGCAGGUGGUAGCGACGCUGGUCUUGAUGUGGAUCCUGUACACAAUGUGGGAGCUCUACAACCUGUGGCACAACCGCCUGGCGAAGCAGCAAGCAUCCCAUUCCAGCAGCAGCAGCAGCAGCAGCAGCAGCAGCAGCCCAUAG